CGUCCCUUGUUUUGAACACCGACGCGACGCGCUUGGCCUCGGGCUCGUGCUUGAAACGCCGUCAUUGCGGACUAUUGCAUUUGAAGCCAGCUCACCAGACGCGAUAAAUUACCAACAAUGGCGAUGCAAAUUACUACAGGCACGUCCGAGUUGCGCGAUAUAACUAAAAUGGAGCGCAUCGGCGCGCAUUCUCAUAUUCGCGGACUGGGUCUGGACGACCGAUUAGAACCGCGCGCCAACUCUCAGGGAAUGGUUGGGCAAGCGAAGGCGCGAAAAGCCGCCGGGAUGAUUCUCAAGAUGGUGCAAGAGGGACGGAUAGCAGGUCGCGCCAUGCUUUUUGCGGGGCCCCCGUCCACAGGCAAAACGGCCAUUGCUCUAGGCAUGGCCCAGACACUAGGCCCCGAUGUGCCUUUCACGAUGAUCGCGGCCAGCGAAGUGUUCUCACUGUCCAUGUCGAAAACAGAAGCCCUUACGCAAGCCUUCCGGAGGAGCAUCGGGGUGCGAAUUAAAGAAGAGACGGAACUGAUUGAGGGCGAGGUGGUUGAGAUCCAGAUUGAUAGGAGCUUGACUGGGGCUACGAAAACAGGGAAAUUGACGAUCAAAACCACGGACAUGGAGACCAUCUACGAUCUUGGAACCAAGAUGAUAGACGCGCUUUCGAAGGAGAAGGUUCUUGCCGGAGAUGUGAUUGCUAUAGACAAGACGUCCGGUAAAGUCACUAAACUGGGGCGAUCGUUCGCGCGGUCCAGAGAUUAUGAUGCUAUGGGCGCGGAUACGAAAUUUGUGCAAUGUCCGGAGGGGGAGAUCCAAAAGCGCAAAGAGGUGGUGCACACCGUGUCUCUGCAUGAGAUCGACGUCAUCAACAGCAGAACGCAAGGUUUCCUGGCUCUGUUCGCUGGAGAUACCGGGGAGAUCAAGCCAGAGCUGCGGAAUCAAAUCAAUUCAAAAGUUGCCGACUGGCGAGAGGAAGGGAAAGCGGAGAUAAUACCCGGGGUUCUAUUCAUUGACGAGGUGCACAUGUUGGACAUUGAAUGCUUUUCAUUCCUCAACCGUGCGUUGGAGAAUGAGCUAUCUCCUCUUGUCAUCAUGGCCUCCAAUCGGGGGAUGGCCCGCAUCCGGGGAACCAAGUUCCGCUCUCCCCACGGACUCCCAGUGGAUCUGCUCGACCGGGUACUCAUCGUCAGCACGAAGCCAUACGUGGAAGAGGACAUUGCCCAGAUCAUCCAGAUUCGAUGUCAGGAAGAAGAUGUUGUGCUCACUGCCGAUGCGACAGGCGUUCUGACCCAGAUGGCUCUGGAAACCACGCUGCGCUAUGCUCUCAACCUGAUCUCCUGCGCGCAGAUUGUUGCCCGGAAGCGGAAAGCGACGGAGGUCGACGUCGAGGACCUGCGGAAGGCAUACAAAUACUUCAUGGACGAGAAGCGGAGCGUGCAAUGGCUGAAGGAGCAACAAGGUUCGCUCGUCUUCGAGGAGAUCGGGACAAACCCGUCAGCCGGAGAUGAGAUGAUUACCGACUAGGAUCGCUCAUGUGAAGAACCGCCUGCUCCCUGUGAGCGUGAUAUUGUAAUAGCUGUGUCUGCUUUCGGUGUAAUCGCUUGUUUUUAAAUGCCUCGGCCCGCUUUCGACCAGUCAUGUGCCGUUGAUUAGCCAUGCUGUGCAUGGGAGCCUGUUAGCUUGUUCUGGAGAGUCUCUGCGGUCGUUAGCUGUUGUUUGCGGGGCAAUGACGGGGAUCAUUGGCGGCAUCUACCAAUAUAGUUCUGCUCCGUUGAAUCUGCGGCCGACGC